UGAGCUGUCAACGUGCUGGUUGCACAUGUCCACCUCUGUAUACGCGGCGCGCUGGUGAAGUGAAUAGUGAUUUUUUUGGGAGCUACGUUGUCAUACAAUUUGUAAACGAAAAUGACUGAAUCAGAAAAGGUUGCCGAAAACAUUGCUGCCGUAAAUCUGAACAAUGGGUCGCUUGAAGAGGAUGACGACAUCGUGAAUCCGUGGAAUGUAGAAAGUAAAUCUACCACAGGAGUUGAUUACGACAAGCUUAUAAAAAGGUUUGGCUCGUCGAAAAUCGACCAGGAGCUAAUAGAUAGGUUUGAGAAAAUCACGGGGAAACCGCCACAUCACCUAAUACGCCGAGGGAUAUUCUUUUCCCAUCGGGAUCUGCACAGUAUUCUAACUUUGAAGGAGCAAGGCAAGCCUUUCUAUCUUUAUACGGGGAGAGGCCCGUCUUCCGGGUCCCUUCACAUGGGACAUUUAAUCCCGUUCGUUCUUACGAAGUGGCUCCAGGAAACUUUCGACGUGCCGCUUGUGAUCCAGCUCACUGACGACGAGAAAUUCUUGUGGAAAGACUUGAAACUAGAAGAAGCAAUGAAAAUGGCCAGGGAGAACGCGAAGGACAUUAUUGCUAUUGGAUUCGAUGUCAAUAAGACGUUUAUUUUCUCAAAUUUGGAUUAUCUCGGAAAAUGUCCAAACAUGUAUCAGAAUAUCAUCCGUAUCCAGAAAUGCGUGACAUUUAAUCAAGUUAAGGGAAUUUUCGGUUUUGGUGAUUCUGAUCCUAUUGGCAAAAUCGCAUUCCCUGCAGCCCAAGCGGCUCCAUGUCUAUCAACUUCUUUUCCAUUCAUCUUCGGUCCGGCAAAAGUACCAUGCUUGAUUCCAUGCGCUAUUGAUCAGGAUCCAUAUUUCCGUAUGACCCGUGACGUGGCACCGCGUUUAGGAUUCGCAAAACCGGCUCUCAUUCAUUCGACCUUCUUCCCGGCAUUGCAAGGAGCACAAACAAAGAUGUCAGCCAGUGAUAACAACUCAGCUAUUUUCCUAACAGAUACUCCUAAGCAAAUCAAAACUAAGAUAAAUAGCAAAGCAUUUUCUGGAGGACGUGCAACUGUAGAAGAACACCGUGCCUUAGGUGGAGAUCCAGAUGUUGAUGUUCCAUUCCAACUAUUACGGUUUUUCCUGGAAGAUGACGAUAAACUGGAAGCUGUUAGGGUGGCUUAUAAAAAGGGAGAGAUGCUGACAGGUGAAAUGAAAAAGCUAGCAAUUGAGACGAUUUCACCAAUUGUGGAAGAACAUCAACGACAGCGAAAAUUAGUCACCGAAGAAGUAUUGGAUAAAUUCAUGACGUUGAGAAAGCUGGAGUUUUCUAAGUAAAAUCACCCCAAGCUAUGCCCAAGAUAGGAAGACCUCGACACGUUGUGAUAGAGCUUUAAUUUGAAGAUCGCUGCUGGUUCCGGAACUUAAUUUAUUUCGAAGUGCACCUGUAAUGUAUUUGCAUGCCUGGAUCUGACCUGGAAGCAUUUUAAAAAGAAAAAAUCCUGGAAAAGGUCUCAGGUUAUCAUUAUUUGUUGGAUGGUUUCGCAUCUAACUCUAAAUUAAUCACAGACAUAUUUUUUUAUUUAUUCAAAGUUCGCACUGAUAUUUAAAAAAAAACCGACGGAUGUAAAAUAAUUUCAGCUUAAAUAAAUCGUUGUUCAAACGAAGUAACCAAA